AAAAUUAAAAACUGUUUAUUUUUUGCAUUUGAGUCGACUGAAUCGAGGUGACUUUUUAUAGGUUAUAUGAGGUUAGGUUGCCAUUUUUCGGCCUUUUUGGUGUCAAAGUGAGUGGAGAUGAUCUCCGUUUUUUGUCGGAAUGUGCUUCGAUUUCAAGAUAAAAGUCCAUCUCGUUUGUUAAUUUGUAUUUCUUCUACUUCUCCGAAUUUAAAAAUUCAAAAAGAUUUACUCCGAAAAAUGACAACCGAAAUCGAUAAGGAUGAGCUGAAAAAAAGAUUGACGCCUGUACAAUGGCACGUCACACAAGAAAAAGGAACAGAAAGACCUUUCACCGGAUGCUACAAUAAAUUCUAUGACAAGGGGACCUACACGUGUGUUGUCUGCGAUCAAGAAUUAUUUGCCUCGGAAACAAAGUACGACAGCGGAUGCGGCUGGCCAGCGUUUAAUGAGGUUUUAGAUCAGGGGCGAGUCAAAUUGACCAAAGAUACUUCUAAUGUCGGUGGAAAUCUACUACUGCUGAUCGCAAACCCAGAUAUGGUCCGGACGGAGGUGACCUGUUCAAAAUGCGGAUCUCACCUGGGGCACGUGUUCAACGACGGUCCCAAGCCGACGAGGAAGCGCUUCUGCAUCAACUCCGCCUCCAUAAUGUUCCACGCUGCCGGCGAGGAGAAGGAGAGUAGCUUCUGAAAUUUCCAAAAAACAAAAUUCAACCUUUUCCUUUUUCUCAAAAUCAACAACGCGGUUCUGUGGAAAUGACUGAAUCCCAAGCUGCGAACAUCAAUAAUUUUUCUCUUGAUUUUUUUUCUGUAGGUUUUUUCUGUUUUUUUUUUU